GUUAAUGUGUGUGGCUUGACCAAUCGCAUGUUAGCAGAGAACGUGGGCACGGUGUGCUCUGCGGGCUGGGACGACGCCGACGCUGACGUGGCGUGUCGCCAGCUGGGCUACGCGGCCGGCACCGCCAUAGAGCUCAAGUACGACUUCCUCAUCCCAGAGGACGCGGCCGGCAGCCGGUGGCGCAAGAUCUGGAUGACAGACGUGGCCUGCCCACCCCUGGCCGGGCAGCAGCCCCAACAGCCCCAGCCCCAACAGCCCCAGCAGCCCCAACAGCCCCAACAGCCCCAGCGGUUGAUCGACUGCCCGCACCGUGGCGCGCCCGUCACCGACUGCCCGUUCACGGAGAUCGCGGCGGUGCGGUGCUACGCAGUGGCGGCACGCGCGCCCCGCGCGCCGCCGCCGCCGCCGCCCUCCCCGCCCGCGCCUUCCGACUCCUGCCGUACCUGCGUGACCCUGGACCUCUCAAUGGAGCCAGCGGCCGGCAAAACCAUGCCGUACACUGGCCGUGCCAUGUGUACGGCAUUGGCGGAAACCGUUACGGCGGUUGUGAAGGCGUUGGACCGGGAGCGCGCGCCGCUGCCCCCGCCGCCGCCGUCGCUCGCGGCAGCGCCGCCGCCGUUCUCUAACUACUCGCUCUGGGGUUUUGACAGCCCCGGUUUUGAGGAGGAUCUAUCGGAUGGUCUCACGCCCUCGCCAGUUCUGCCCAUCCCGUUCGAGUGCGUCAACAUCACGAGCAAGACGAUGACGGUGUGUGGCGUUGUGGCCGGCAGUAGCUGGGCCGGCACGUGGGGUGCGCCGCCGCCGCCGCCGCCGCCGCCGCCAUCGCCGCCGCCACCAGCCAAGGCGUCCUCUAGCGGUUACAGCUACAGCUAUGGCUACACCCAUGCCGGCAGUGGCCCAGGCACUAGCCCUGGCAGUAUCCCGGGCAGUGUCCCGGGCAGUAGCCCUGCUGGCAGUAUCCCGGGCAGUAGCCCUGCUGGCAGUGGCCGGGGUAGUAGCACUGGCGGUAGCACUACUGGCAGUAGCCCUGGCAGUAGCAGUCGCAGGAGCCUGAGCGUCAGCGCCGGCGGCGCCGGCGGCGGCGGUAGCGGCGGCGGCGCCGACGGCGGCGUGUACGCUCUGUGGGAGGCGCUGGCGGCGCAGGACAACAACACGGCGGCGGACUGGCUGCGGCAGCUGCGCAAUGAGAUCAACCUGUGGCAGCCGUGCCAGGGCUUUGACCUGGACUAUGACUACCAGAUCAUGGGCCUCCGUAUGACGCCCGACCUGCACUUUGAGUUCUGCCCCGUCAGCGGCCUGCCGCCGCUGACCUACCUGGGCAUGCAGGGAGUCAACGACUUGGUGCGCACGGUGUGGCUGUCGCCGCCGCCGGACGCGCCCUGGGCCGCCCGCAGCGGCGACCUCGAGGACGGCGCACCGCCGGAGGCACCCAGGUCGCCUGGAGACCGGACCCCUCGGCCGCCGCCAAUCCCCCCUACCCCGCCGCCCACGCCGCCGCGCCCGCCGCCGCGCCCGCCGGCACCCUGGCCGCGCGCCGCCAACACCACCAACACCACCAACACCAUCACCUAUCGCGGCUGCUACAGCCUGGCCGGGAUCGGCAGUAGCAGCAGCAGUAGCAGUAGCAGCAGCAGCGUGCUGGCGGCACCCGGCGCGAACGUGUCGGCUGUAGCACUACUCAUCAACGUCACCUCUUCAGGUCUGAACCUCACGCUGCAGGCCUGCGCGUCGCGUGCCGCCGCAAUGAGCUACAGCCGCUUUGCGGUUGAGGGCUACAGCUCAACGGUUGGCGGCGCGAUCCGGCUAACCGCCACCUGCUACGGCCUGCGCUGGCCCGUUCCCGCCAACGCCAGCACCACGGGCAAUGGCACGCUUGGCGGCUCCGGGCUGCAGCUCAUCGAGCUCCCGGCGAGCCGGUGUACGGCGGUGCCUUGUGCUACAGCCACUGCUGCUGCUGCUGCUACUUCCGGCGGGCAGCAGCAGCGGCCGGCGUGCGGCACGGGAAAGCCCGGCGGCCUGGUGUUGUACGACGUGGCAGCGCCGUGAGGCACGCAUGCCGACAUUCGGCGUGCCGGUGCCAUGUGUGUGCAUGUAUGUGUAUCUGGUAGGGAAGCAGGUGGAGAGGCGGUCGACAUGUGUGGAAGCACACGGGGAAAGGGUCGACACAGCGCAUGCGAUGGAAGAAUGCGCAAGCAAACUGUGUGUGUGCGUGCGCUGUGCGUGUGUGUGUAUGUGUGUGUGUGUGUGUGUGUGUGCGUGUGUGUGUGUGUGUGUGUUUGUUUGUGUGACUCUCCGGAUUGAGGGCUUGCACGGGCAUGGCUGCAAGCACGUCUCGCCGCGGCGGUCAGUGCGGGGUUGUGUGCGGCACGGCCUGGUCACCCUGUCUCCUCUCUUACUUGCUUGUGCCAUCUACAUUACCCCUGGCUGGGGCCCGAACGCACGCCCCGCAUGCUCUUCAAAUCAAUCCUUCGACGUGGUCCCUAUUCCCCUAACUCGAAUGAAAAAAUGCCUCGUGAGUUGGCACUUUCCCUUGCAAGAGCGUCCAACGACGCUUCGUCUGGGGGAUUGAGAUUGGCAUCCGUGCGCGCCGGUGCUCGAGGGUGAAUCUUGCACGUGCGCACACGAUUGACUAGCUAGGGAGUAAGGGACCUGCAUUGGCGUGACGUGUUUGUUCGCAAUGAAGGCAGUGGCAGCUCGCAGACUCAUCAAAAUGCUUAUGGGAUUAGGUAGCAGGACCGUGGGGGCAGGAUGGGAGGGGGCUUGCGGACACUGGAGCCGGGUGUGGGGGCGGCUUGGACUGCAUCGCCCGGAGACAAUUGAAACAUC